UGAUUUAUCCAUCUUCUUUUUAAAUCAACACGAUUAGUUCUUGGGUUUUCCCCUCCCCACAACAUACAUAUAUUCCCCACCCUGAAAACGUCUCUGUGACCCAAGCAUUUUGCAGGUAACAGUUGCUUCUCCCUUUAGAGCUUGCCGCGAUCCUCUUCUCACACAAAUGGGUCGCCAUUCCUGUUGUGCGAAGCAAAAGUUGAGGAAAGGCUUAUGGUCCCCUGAAGAAGACGAGAAGCUUUUCAACCACAUAACUAGAUUUGGGGUUGGCUGCUGGAGCUCCGUCCCAAAACUAGCUGGACUUCAAAGAUGUGGAAAGAGUUGUAGAUUGAGAUGGAUAAACUAUCUGAGGCCUGAUUUGAAGAGAGGCAUGUUCUCGCAACAAGAGGAGGAUAUUAUUCUGAGUCUCCAUGAAGUUCUGGGCAACAGGUGGGCUCAGAUUGCAGCGCAGUUGCCAGGAAGAACAGAUAACGAAAUCAAGAACUUCUGGAAUUCAUGCUUGAAGAAGAAGCUGCUGAAACAAGGGAUUGACCCAGCCACCCACAAACCCUUCACUCAAAUCAAGCAGGAGAACAAUAGCUUAGAAACACCAGCACCAUUAUCUCUGCAAAAUAUGCGUCAUUUCUCAAACUUAGCCUCCUCACAUCAGUCACAGGGAUCACCUUUUCUGAUAAGCAAUUCAAGCUAUCACGAUGCAGCUGUUUUAACAGAAGCCUCCUGCAGAGACGAAAUCCUGAUGAGCAUGAGCAAUAAGCCUCUUGAAUGGGUCGACCCUUUGUCGUACUACGACCCAUACACGAGUCAGUAUCAGUAUGGAACCAGUUCAAGCUACGGGAUCUGUUCAUUGCCGAGUUUGACAAGUUCGGAUCAGAACAACUUGUCGGCGAUAACGGAAUUCUCAGAAAACAAUAAUUCGGCUUCAAAGAUCAGUUCGAGCAAUAACAGCUCAAAUAUGAGCAGUUAUGUGAUGGAGCAUAAUAAUAUUGGAGGAGGGGUGUUAUCGUGGGAGGGAGAGAACAAGACGACGGAGGCUUCGUUUCAGUUUCAAAUGAAUGGUAUAAAAUCGGAGGAACUGAUGAACACAUGCUCGUGGCAAGAAGCGGUGCAGCUUCAGAAUCACAGUUCCAUGGAUUUCAACAGCUAUCCGUUAACGUCAUUCUCACAAGAUCUAACGGCAGCGACUUAUGAUGUAUUCCGGCAUAUAUGAACUGUAAAUUUUUUAUUUUUAAUAUUUUUUUCAAAAAAAUUUGGGAGCUCUCUUUCUCUGGUGUUGAAUGAAACAAGGUGACAAACGAUGUUGAUAGUACAGGAAAUUUCUAGCGAGCAAAUUAAAGAUUUUGAGAUGAUCCCACCACCUUCCCCCUACUACCUCUAUGUAAUUUUCCUAUUCUAGUAUCUGUUUUCAUCAGCACGAGUUUGAAUGAA